GUGGCCGUCUGCAAGCCCCUGCACUACAUGACUAUUAUGCAUCCACAACUCUGCCUGGGCUUGGUGUCAGUGGCCUGGGGCUGUGGGAUGGCCAAUUCUUUGAUCAUGUCACCAAUGACGUUGUGGCUACCUCGAUGUGGGCACAACAAGGUGGACCACUUCCUGUGUGAGAUGCCCGUGCUGAUCUGGUUGGCCUGCAUCAGCAUUGCUGCCAUGGAGGGCAUCGCCUUCAUCCUGGCCGUGGGCAUCAUGCUGUCUCCCCUGGUCUUCAUCUUGGUGUCCUACGGCCACAUUGUCAGGGCUGUGUUCAGAAUCCAGUCAUCCUCAGGAAGACACACAAUCUUUAAUACCUGUGGCUCCCACCUCACCGUGGUCUCCCUGUUCUACGGGAACAUCAUUUACAUGUACAUGCAGCCAGGACACAGCUCCUCCCAGGACCAGGGCAAGUUCCUCACCCUCUUCUACAACAUUGUCACCCCCCCCCCGAACCCCCUGAUCUAUACCCUCAGAAACAAGGAGGUAAAGGGGGCACUGAGAAGGCUGCUGCUGGGAAAUAUAAGUUUAGGAAAGAAUUUAUAA